AUGAAUUACGUUCAUCCAAUUCAUCAAGCUGCAGGUCAUGAUGGGUAUUUCACUGCUGAAGAUAACUCAGUGUUUAUAAAAGCUACCACUCCUCAAGAAAUCCAAUUUUAUCAGCAAGUUCAAGAAUUUGAUAGUCCUAAUGAAGAUGAUUCUGAAUCUUCAUAUUCAGGUUCAAAACUAAUUGAUUGGUUACCAAUCUUUAUGGGUACCCUUUCUGAAAGUGCUAUUACUGAAAGACAAAUUGAUCAAAUCUAUCAUGUUGAUAUUGAUGAAGCCGCCUCUAAGAUUCCUGAUUAUAUUGUGUUACAAAAUUUAUAUCAUGGAUUUUCAAAACCAAGUAUAUUAGAUAUUAAACUUGGAUCUUUAUUAACUGAUCCCGAAACUACCACUCCUGAAAAGAUUGAAAGAUUAAGAAAAGUAAGUGAAUCAACUACUAGUGGUUCCUUAAAUUUAAGAAUUUGUGGUAUGAAAGUUUAUACGGGUCAAAAUGCCAAUAGUUAUCCCGUUGAAGAAAUAUUUCCAAACAUGUUAGAUACAUCAAUUGAUAAACAUACCGUUGAUAAAGAUUCUUAUAUUACAUUCAAUAAAGUCUAUGGUAGAUCAUUAGAUGUUAAUAAUAUCGCUCAAGGGAUUUUAUUAUAUUUUAAAUUAUAUUUUGGUAAUCAUCCACAUGGUAAAAGAAUAAUUUUUAAUUUAUUAACUACUUUCUUAAGAAGGUUUGAAUUAUUAUAUAAUUGUUUAUUAGAAUAUCCUAUUAGAAUCUAUAGUGGAUCUUUAUUAUUCAUUUAUGAAAGUGAUUUAACGAAAUGGACUGAAGAUGUGAUUUAUGAUACGGAAACUUAUGAAACAGCCGAUCCUAUGAUUAAUGAAUCAUUAGUUGAUGAAUAUGGUCAAGAUGAAGAUGAUAUUGAAGAAUUAGGUGAUUUUGCUACUACUCACGGUAUUAUUGAAAAAUUUGUUCCUUUAAGUAGUCUUCAUAUCAUUGAUUUUGCUCAUGCUAAAUUUGUUGAUGAAGAAUUAAGUUAUGAUGAAAAUUUCAUUAUUGGGAUUGAAAAUUUAAUUAAAAUCUUUAAACUGCUUAUUGAACAAUACAAAUAA